AUGCGGAUCGAAUCCUGCGACAGCGCCCCCGUGUCUCAACGUUCCACGAUUCUCCUUUCCGCUUGCCGAUUGGCUCCGCCGCGUUCGGAAUCUCCUCUUCGGACCAAUCGCCGCUCUCCUGCGAGCUACGUACAGGAAGAGAGGCACGCCGCCCGGGAAGCAAGUGGCGCGGAAGGGGCGAGGGAGAGCCGGCUAGAGGGGGCGGUGGAGGCCGCGAGAGGAGAAAAGGGGAACGAAGAGGGCGAUGCACGGGAGGGGGAGCCCUGGCAGCCCGCGCCGGACGACGGCGGCACGGAGCCGCAGGCAGCGGAAGACGAGCUUAAACUUGAUGGGGGCGAUGAAAGCGACAGCAGUGACUGUUGCAGCCGCAGUGACUACGGGAGUCGUGGCAAGCCGGGAAGCGCCUUGCAGCGGCUCGUGCCGGAAGGGAGCGUGCUCUUCCCGGACACCUUCCAGACAAACAGCCUCCUCUUCUACGAGCGCUUCAAGGCCUACCAGGACUAUAUGUUGGCUGACUGCAAAGCUUCAGAGGUGAAAGAAUUCACAGCGGAGUACUUGGAGAAGGUCCUCGAACCGUCUGGCUGGCAGGCCAUCUGGCGUACCAACGUGUUUGACGUGCUGGUUGAGGUUGUCGACGUGGAGUGCGCUGCCCUGAAGGCCGUCGUGCGGCUCUCGGAGCCCUUCCUGUGCGAGAGCCAGGAGGGCGUCUUCACGCUGGAGCGCAUGCGGGAGCUGCUGGAACUGAAGGAGCACCGGCUGCCGCUGCAGGAGCUGUGGGUUGUUUUCGAUGAAUCGGGGGAGUUUGACCAGACGGCACUCGCGGUUGAACAUGUCAGGUUUUUCUACAAGCACAUUUGGCGGAAUUGGGAUGAAGAGGACGAUGACGACUUCGAUUACUUUGUCAGAUGCGUCGAACCUCGGCUCCGAUUGUACUACGACAUUCUGGAAGACCGCGUCCCUUCUGCUCUUGUUGUGGACUACCACAACCGCCUUUCCCAAUGUGAGGAACUCUACCGCAUGUUUCUAGACCUCAGGAACAGCAUUUCUGGCAGCGAUUCUGAGUCUGAAGCAGAAAACAUCUCCAUGGUAGAAGGGAUGAAACUGUAUGAAAGGAUAGAGCACCUGAAGCAAAAGUUGAAGAUUAUUGAAAAUCCUCUGUUGAGGUACGUGUUUGGUUAUCAGAAGCACACCGGCCUGCAAGCGAAGGGCGUCCGUCUGUCCGGCACCACCAUCACUCACGUCGUCUCUUCUACCGUGAUGUCCAGCCUCUUGCAGUGUCUGAUCCGGGACAAGCUUUCGCCAGAGUCUUUCACUGAAGAAAUAGAAAUCCAGUUCCACCAUGACCUGCAGUCCGCUGUGAACGCUUGCUAUGAAGGCGAUAGGAUCAUCGUGUGCCCCGGUCACUACUUUGUGGAGGGCAUGUUGUACAUUGCAGACUCCAUUGAACUAGAAGGCUACGGUCUGCCGGAUGACAUUGUGAUAGAAAAACGAGGGAAAGCUGACGCCUUUAUCGAGUGUACGGGAGCAGACGUCAAAAUCUCCAGCCUGAAGCUGAUUCAGCACGAGGCAGUGGAGGGCAUUUUGAGUGUUCACCAAGGGAAGACUGUACUGGAGAACUGUGUGCUGCAGUGCGAGACGGCAGGAGUUGCCGUCCGGACCUCUGCUGAGUUUUUAAUGAAAAACUCUGACUUGUAUGGCGCUAAGGGCGCUGGCGUAGAAAUCUAUCCAGGGAGCACCUGCGCCUUGAUAGGGAACGGCAUUCACCAUUGCAAAGAGGGCGUCCUCAUCAAGGACUUUUUAGAUGAGCAUUACGACGUCCCCAAGAUCACCCUGGUGAACAAUGUCAUACAUAACAACGAAGGCUAUGGGGUGGUCUUGGUGAAGCCAGCCGUCUCCUCGGAGGCCAAAGAGAGCACGCCAGAAAGCAUGGAAGAGCAAAAAACGGUCAUGCAAUCCCCAGAGGCUGCUGCCAACCCCGGGACGGAAGACCAGCCUAGUGAUGAAUUUGGCCUCUGCGGAAGGGUUGAUGUCGUGGGGCACGCGGAAGGCAACUCUGAAAUCGCCCACGAACUUUCGGCCGCCUCGCUGAAGAAGAGCCAGCUGCACAAGAAAAGGCUGAGUCACCUGAGAAUCACGGAGGCUGACGAUGACCUGAUGACUCAAGAAAUGUUUGUGUCCAUUGCGGGCAACCAGUUCAAGCGAAAUGGGAAAGGGAGCUUUGGCACGUUCCUUUACUGACUUUCUGGAACGACACGGAAGUCGUAGAGCCAUUGCGGCUGCAGGCUGGCGUUGUUCUGAAGCAGCCGACAUGUUCUUGGCACCUGUCCUUUUAACUGGGCUGCAUUUCUUGCUUCAGUGUGAACCUGGCGUAUUUAUUCUUUUUAGCAGCUUGCUCAUUGCACAAAUGAAAUCUGUAUUCUUUGGAGUGAGUGUUGAGCCUGGAACUUGAGAGCAAAAAUCUCUCUGGUGGAAUCUUUUGAACAGAAAGCUCCCCCCGCCCUACCCACUUGCUAUGCAUGUCACUUUUUAUAAUAUUAUUUAUCUC